GUGCAAUUCAGACGUUUAUCGGGAAUGCAUGUCAACCCAACUCCAGCCGAUGCGCCAGUACCGCCAGACCUACGUAUCUUCAGGCCAGCUCCAGCUCUGCGCAGAUAUUGGAUUCCGCCACGGGCAUGAUCACAAGAUUAGCUGCUAGGCUCCCGUGUUCCGUACAUGCGUCGAAUACUUAUGUAUAUGCUAGAAAUGACCACUACCGAGCUGUGUCCCAGCCAUGGCGGUCACUCUGUCCUACCCUGUCCUCAGUGCUAUCUGCCUGCUGUCACUUAUUCCCAUCGCGCUUCAUAGAUGGGUCAGUUCCCGAAAGGCAGCUGGUGAUUCCACCGAAGAGGCAACUGGCAAGCGGCUAAAUGAGAAGACUCGUCGUCUACCGGAUCCUGAACCUCUCAAUAACCUUGACCUCAAGACGGCACAGAUUCGCAACCAUAUCUAUGCCAACAAGACUCUGAGGCACCCUUACUUCCAGACUAUGGCUCACCAGCCUAUGAACAUCAACCACUGGAUUGAGAUUGACAAGGAUAUAGGCUGGUAUAUCGAUGAGAAGACGCGAGUGAUCAAAGAGCAAGGAAAGACUGUCGUCGAUUCGCUUCCGGAAAACGACGAUGCAUGUGCGGAGUUGCUCGAGAUUCUCGUGGAUUACCUUCCCAAGAGAUAUCCAACCCUCUUUGAGCACAUUGGCGUAAACGGCAUCUGGAACAAGAUUACUGGUGAACGAUUUCAUGACCUGACUGGCAAGAGCGGCGUGGAUGCCCUCGUGGUUAUCUCGAGGCUGGUUCAAGAUGAUUUUCUGAUGGGCCGUGAACGCGAGGACGGGCACGUGUAUUUCGUUGGCGGCCUCGUUGCAUUUCCAGGAUUUUACCUGCUCUCAAAUUACAUCGACAAACCGCUGGAAGAAAUCCACCGCCAUAUCCCUUACUUCAAUGAAAAAAUCCUCAAGAGCGUCGAGCGCACUCUCAAGCGCUUUGGGCCUCACGAGCCAUUCGAGAGGACGAGCUGGGGUGUGGUGGACGACCGCAAUCUCUUCUACAAGAUGAUCGCAGAACAGGCUCUACCAAAUGGUUUACGACCUGAGGAUCUGUGGCUUCGCAUGGAUCACCAAACCUUCCGCAAGCUCCCUCGGUCGGGCGGCAUCGCAUUCGGAGUUCACGUUGUUUUGAAGCGGCUUGAGGACCUUGCAGAGAGUCCCGUCGUCCCUGCAUUGCUCGCCAAAAUCCAUCUCGAAGCUGACAAGGAGUUGAUGCAUCAUAAAUUUGAUGGUAUAUAUCGCGACCGGAUGAUGCCCUACCUCCAGGAACUCACCAAACGCCAGUUAGAGCAAGGCCUAAUCACGUGCGUUGGGAUCCGUUUUCAAACUCUGUUCUCUUUUGACGCUUGA